CAUACCUGGCGAACUGUGAUGAGGAGAAACUAGGUGAGAGACUUCCACAUCAAACAGCCGCCUUCCACACUGCCUGUGCCUUAUCUAAAGCAUGGAGUUAAAAGUCUGGGUGGAUGGAGUACAGAGAGUCGUAUGUGGGGUAACAGCGCAAACAUCCUGUCAGGACGUGGUCAUUGCACUGGCCCAGGCCAUAGGUCAGACAGGGCGUUAUGUCCUAAUCCAAACACUACGGGACAAGGAGAGACAGCUUCUGCCCCACGAGAGGCCUUUGGAAUUCUUGUCCAAGAGUGGACAAUAUGCCAAUGACGUCCAUUUUAUACUGAAGCGCACAGGGCCCAGCUUAACGGAACGUCCCUCCUCAGACAGUGGUCCCCUUCCUCCAGAGAGAACUUUUGUAAGGUCCAGCCUGCCUCUCAAUCCUAAAGUUCACAGUACAGAGGUCACAAGGUCAAAGGAACCUAAAAAAUCUUUGACUUUUAAUUUGGGACCUAUGAGCUCAAGUGAUCUUUUGCUAAAACACAGGCAGAAGCAGCAAAAUGGUACAGUUGCAAAAGACAGUUCUUCUAAGCAAACCACCAAGGAUGACAUAUUUAAGCUGGUGUUACAACAGCAAGAACAACUGAAGGCCAUGGAAAUGCAGAACACCUCUUUAGGCAAGGACCUCCAGACAUGGGAACGAGGCAGGGUUGGUGGGCCACAUGAGGAGGAUGAGGACGAAGUUGCUUUCUUGGAGAGACUCAUUCGCCGAAAUGAAUCAGAGCUUGGAGAGGAAAUGUUUUGGCUGGAUGAGCUGGACAGAGAAAGAGCCGAUGAGCAAAAAAGGCAAGAGAAAAUGAGGAACUUAAGAACCACAAUGGAAGAUUACACAAUGAAAAUCAACGAGCUGAGUGAAAGGACUGAGGCUUUAGAGAAGGAAAUACAGAGAGAGACCUCAAAGAGACUGUCUGGACAACCCAGUCAAGCUGACAUUGCAGAAAUGGUGACUAAAAUGAGAAAAGAAAUGGAGGCAAAGGCUGGACAGAGCCAUCAAAUGGAGACUAAUUUGUCCAAUGUGGAAAAGGCUUGCGAGGAAGCCAAAAGGAUUCUGGAGACCAAAAGCCAGGAACUGGAGGAGCUCAAUAAGGACCUCAGACAGUGCAACCUUCAGCAAUUCAUUCAGCAGACGGGAUCCACAAUCACCAAUGGACAGCUCCGACCAAGUGAAGAAUCUCUAAAUGAACAGAGCCUCUCACAGUGGGAAGAACAAUUUGGAAGUAUAGGGCACUCUGAAUCUCUGCCACGACUCACCACCAACCAUCUGAUGGGUCAUCCUCGGAACUUACAGAACUCGCUGCUCUCUGGUCGGAACCCUGAGGUUCUGCCUUCUCGAGACACGUCCUGGACAUAAAAGAAUGACGCCAAGAUUACGAUUGACCUUGUUUAAAACAUUGGAACUGUAUAAAUGGAAGUACAAUAUUAUAUAAAAUAUAUCUAUAUAAAUAUGUGUAUAUAGCAGUUUAUAAUAUUUUGUAUU